AUGUUCUCACUACCAUCUCUUGAGCCGCGAGAUCCUCAUGCCUUUUGGUACGCUCCAUCCCAACGAUUCCGCCGCGGGAACUCUCAGUACAACAGCCAUGGACACCGUCCACAUGGCCACAAUCGCAGGUCUGACCAAUAUAGAACACCGAAUUUACCGCCAUCUUCAGACUCCCUUGCCGCUCUAGCGCUUGAAGAGCGGGCGUUUCGUAUUCGCAAACAAAAUAUUGCAUCUUUUGGCUACUCAUGGAUUCGGCCCGCCGGGUAUCCCAAGACAAUGCAAGGAAUUCGGGAGGAGGAGGCUGAAAGGGAAGAGGCAGCGAAUGCGGCUACAGAAGGCGAAGCGGAAUUUACUGCGGGAACGGGACUAGAUGGCGCGACCGCGGGGGAUACUGAGGAUCCAGAGGCACUAGCGGCCAUGGAGAGGGAUUUAGACGACGAUAUUCCGGAUGCUGACGAGACGACCGGUGGGCUAGUGGAAGAUGGGGAAGAAGGUCUAGAUGAGGAUGAUCUUAUUGACGAUGACGAGGAGGCAUUAAUGGAAAGGGACCUGGAUGAUGAUGUCCCGGAUGGUUUUGGCCCUGAGGAAGAUGACCUAGAUGAAGAAGACGACUUUGAUGAACAUCCUGAUCUAGACGACGACAUACCAUCAGCUUCAAUACACGAAGACGUCGAUGAUAGCAUGAUGGAACGGGAUCUAGAUGCGGAUAUCCCUGACGAGGAAAAUGACAUUGGCGACGACGAUGAUGAAGAUGAUCACAAUCUGCAGCAAGAAUGGGAGCACACAGAUACAGAUGCAGAUGAAGACGAGGAAAACUACUCUGACGAAGCAUCCUACGACGCUAUCGACCCACAGUUCUCAGGAUACUCCCAUCGAAUAAGGUCAAGUAUCCCUGGCCGCGUCGAGAAUUCACCUCACCUGCCGCCGCCUCUCAUUCGUCAUAGAGAAACAGAAGCCCAAAGACUGUUCCUUGACAGGUGGAGCGGGGGAGUUGGCGACGAUGUCGAGGAUUCUAUGGCAGCUUUUCGAGCGAGUGGCAUGUCUGAGCGAAGCUUGCGGAUUCCCAGGGUUCGGACGCGAACACGGCGGUCGAUGAUGUCCGAUGAUUCUAAUGGUAGCAUUGAGUAA